AUGAUUACUAUCGUCUACGUCCUGCGUGCAUUAACCUUCCUCGAAAAACUAAAUAUUAUUCAUGGAGAUAUCAAACCACAAAAUCUUGUUAUUAUCUCAGGCAAUCAAUGUUUUUAUAUUAAAUUAAUCGAUUUUGGUACAGUGGAAAAGAUGGACACUAGACGUGCUCAAGUUACAGUCAAUGCAACUAAAGCUCACACAGUAUUCUUCGCUUCACCAGAAUUUCUGCGACGUGAUUCAAACAAUGUCAUGUCACGUCAUCUGCACAAAAAAUCGGAUGCUUGGGCAGCUGGUGUCAUGUUUUACAUUUUAUUCUUCGAAACAUUACCUUGGAAAGACCAGUCUGAAUAUGAAAAUUUCUGUAAUGAUCCACGGGCCAGAGAUGUAGUCGUGCCUCAGGCAGGUGGCUACAAGCUGAUCAUUGAACUUUUGCUAAAAAAGAAUCCGGCAGAGCGCUCGAGCGCCAAGGCAACACUUAUGCAGAUGAAAGCUCAUCCAGCGCUCGGUGUGAUUAUUGAAUCACUGCAGCAAAGCUUCUGUCCGAUCGACGACGUGUGCCGUAUGCGAGUACCCGACGAUGUUCGACAGGAGUUAGACUCUGAUCAUCGCGAAGAGUUCGCACAUCCCGGCGACUUGGGCUACCAUGCUUCGGGAAGCUCAUCGAAUGAAAAACGGAAAUGCCGCUACGGAUCAGAUUGCUAUAGGACUGAUCCUGAUCAUCGCCAAAAAUAUGAGCAUCCAGGUGAUUCGAGCCAUGGUCAGCUGGAAAAGCAGAAAUGUCGCUACGGAGCUACCUGCUAUAAGUAUGUUUUAUUUCACAUUAAAUUAUCGUCAUUGCCCUCAUAACUAGAUGGCAUAUAGGCAAAGACCAUAAGGCGAAGCAUUUUCGACACUCGAGUGUAGCGCUGACACUUAGACUCGAUCUCAAGAACACUCAUUCUUUCUUGUAAUAUAUGCUUGUGCCACUGGCACCUCUCCCUGUUUCUGUUAUUUCGAAAAAACAGAAUGGACAACUUCAGUGCAAAAGAAUUGUAACUACUGAAUUGAUUCUUUUGAAAAAAGAACUGUCUGUGGAAGUCAUCUGGGUUGAGGUCUAGCUCCAUUAUAAACUGAGUUUUCAUUCCGAGGUCUCUACCAGAAAAAAUAGAAGUAUACAACGAAAUUACACGUCAAACCAGAUCAUUUUUAGAUACAGUUCUUUUUUUGAGAAGAACUAGAGCCUACUCCAGAUGAAAUGAACGUCCUCUCGAUAAUUUAAAAACAUUUACAGCAUCUCAAUGCAUGAAGUUUUUGCACAGACUUCUGGUGAUUCUUCAGUCUCUAGAUCAACGCAUCACAACGUACAGAGGUGGUUGCAUUUGUCGAGAAGGAAAACACGCGCAAUCGACUGCUGUACAGAUGCUUCGCAUCGCAUAACAGUCGUUUUGAAACUAGGUUUAAAGCAUGGUGAUAACUGUUAAUACUUCUUGUCUACAAGAAAUAAGGUUUAAUUCAUGGAAUAUUUGUUCGUACCGGUGUUUCGUUUCUUCAAGUACCAACCCCGAUCAUCGCAAACAGUAUAUACAUCCCGGUAAAUCGGGCCACGGUUGUUCUGAAAAGCAGCAAUGUCGCUUCGGAGAAGACUGCAACAAGUAUGUUCAAUUUUUGUUGAACUAUUAUCAUUGCCUUCAUCAAAAUGAAUGUUUAGGACAAACGAUCAAGAACAUCUGGCGAAAUUUCGACACUACUGAACUUGCCUAAGGAAGAUAUUCUUUGGCUUUGUAAAAAUUCCUUCAAUGUAACUGAUACAAAAUAAAAUUCAACGGAACUCUCUCAAGGUGCAAUACCUUACUCACGCAUCAUCUGAGUUACUGAUAAGUGACCAUUAGCAUCUCUACCACUGUUUACGAUCACUUUUGCUGUGCUCCACUGCUUGUAACCUCUAACGAAGAGGCCAACAGAAGAACAAUACUACAUUGACCUUGAUCUGCCAUAUAAGUAAAAGCAAGGUCACUCUAUGAUUAUCUGUUCACCUUAUAUCCCACCAUUACACAGUGAAACGUAAAGAUGCCAUCAACUAUGCUCUCACCAAGUGCUUUGAGAGCAAUCAGGUCCCUGCAGAAUAAAGACGAAGAACUUAAGAAGAACAAAGACGUGGUGCGCGUUCGGCCACGAGAACAAGUAGAGCCAGAGCUCUUGCAAAGUAUCUGAACAAAAAUAUGAAGCAACGCUCUAAUGAUUUUCUAGGCUACCAACCACUUCCAACCAUAUGUUGAGGGAGUUCCUGUCCGCUCCGACUGCGAAGCAUUUCAGCGGUUAAAAAACUCCAACGACUCUACAGCAUGCUUAGUCCGCUGGGCCUUGAGACUCGAUGCUUUCGAUCUCACCAUCGAACAUCGCUCUGGUAAAACUAAUGAAAAUGCUGACGCGCUAUCCCGGUAUCCCAAUUCCCAUCAUGAAAUCAAUCUUCCAGAUUCCGCCAUCACUCUCUGGGAAGGCUGUAGUCUGCUCAACGAUAUUCAAGUACGCCAACGGGAGGGCCCUACUUAGAUUUACUUAUUGAAUAUUUGACUAAUCAUAUAUUGUCCCAGGGUAAUCUUCCUUAUAAGCGUUUCAUCAAAGAAGUCUCUCAGUAUCGAAUAAUUAUAACGGCCUCUUCUAUAAAAGUUGUAAACAAUCUCUCUCUGUCUUCGAAUCUCGAUCACUCACUGGGCAUCACCUACUGGUUAUUUCCAAGUUCCUCCAACAUUUUCGAAACUUUUAGCUGAUUUUCAUUUUUUGUCGAAUUUUCGUGUUGAAAAACGAUCGAGAUUUUCACCAAAAAAUGAAAAUCAGCUAAAAGUUUCGAAAUACACAUCAUUCGACUCAAUUUUUGAUCCUGAUUCCGGAUAUGAUGUUUUUAUUGCUU